UACCCCGCCCUUCCAGCACCAUGCCUUCCCGCGGCUGCCUGGGCCUGAGCGUCACCUCCGCCCUCCUGCUGGGCCUGCUGCUGCUGGGCCUGCCCCCGGGUCCCACAGAAGCACAGAAAACAGGGGUGUGCCCGGAGCUGCCCAGGGACCUGAACUGCACCGAGGAGUGCGCCUCGGACAACGACUGCGCCGACAACCUCAAGUGCUGCCGCUCGGGCUGCGUCGCCCGCUGCGUUCUCCCCAAUGAAAAACUGGGUUCCUGUCCUCAGCUGAACUCUGCCAUCCACCCCCUGGGCAUCUGUGAAGACCAGUGCAAGGAAGACAGCCAGUGUCCAGGCCUGAUGAAAUGCUGCCGCAACGGCUGUGGGAACGUGUCCUGUGCCACACCCAACUUCUGAGCUCCUGUCGCUAUCAGCCUGAGGACUUGGAGCGGGGAAGUCUCUGCCUGACCCAGCGUCUGCUCCAGGCCUGCUGCCUCCCCACUUUCUGGCCUCUGUACCCCUGUCCCAGGGGGCCCACAGCUGCUUCUUUUCCCAACCAAUAAAGCGACCACUUCUAGCACCA